AUGAUUAGAAAGCUGGAGUAUCAUAUAGUAUCACUUAUAAUUGUUGCAGUUCAUGUAAAAUUAUUUAUGCAUAAUGUUUUUUUUAUGAAAUGGAAAUGGGAUCUAUGUCAUAUUUAUUUCUGUUCUUUUAUAACAUAUAAUAGUAUGAUAGUUUUAUGUUGUCUAAACAUAUUUAUGAAAUUAAAAAGAUUUGAUUUGAAAAACUAUCCAGCUGAUGAAAUAGAUCUAUGCAGAAGUAACACAAACAAAAAAAAACUACAUCCUUAUGUAUCCUUUGAGCGCCUUGACUUGGUUAAUAUGAAAUUUCUCAACUUACUGUAUGGGGCUGCGUUCUUUGCCCCAUGGAAAAUAGUAUUCCUUUUGAUUAUUUCCGGAAUGAAUAUAUUCAUAUGUGUCGUGUUGUCACUCAUUAUGGGAAAGAACGAAGGAGAUCAAAAGGACAAUGCAAUUGUAAAAGUAUAUUUAAAAUUUUUGAAAAUUAUAUGUAGAGUUGGAUUGUGGUUAUUUGGUGUAAAUCGAGUAGAGAGUUAUUAUUUGUGUGAUGAUGAAUGGCCAAAAAAUAUAGUAUCAAAUCAUAUAUCGGCUGUGGACCCUUUUUAUUUUAUAAGUGAACAUGCCUCUAGUUUUGUUGCCAAAAAAUCAUUACGGAAAGAUAUAUUUGUAGGAUUAAGUGUUAUAGCAUUAAGAUGCGUAUUUGUAUAUAGGGAAAAAUUUGAGGAUAGGAGAAUAGCACUAGAAAGUAUUAAAGAAAGACAAUUAUUAGUUCAGGACAAAAAAAAUAAUUAUCCUUCAUUUGUUAUUUUUUCCGAAGGUACAACUUCAAAUGGAAUACAAGUUAUUGAGCAAAAAAAAGGAGCAUUUUUUUCCUUACUGCCGAUAACUCCUGUCCUACUGAUUUAUGAUUAUGGUUUUCUGAAUCCUUCUUAUGACAUUCUUCCCUUCAGUUGGUGGCUUUUCUUAAUUUGCGCAAAUAGUAUAGCACUAAAAACCUACUGGUUACCGAAGGUUUACCCACCAGAUCCAAAAAAAUAUCCUAAGUUGUCCGAAGAAGAAAGAAUUAAUAUAUUCCAUGAUGAAGUGUCAAAAAUAAUGUUUCAAAAUAUGAAGAAGUAUAAUCCUAAGGCUCCCCAAGACAUAGAUGAUUAUAAUGAUUGGCCUGGAUCAUUACGAAUAAAAACAGAAUUUUUUCAGAAAGCUUUAGGUAAAAUAGCAACAGAAUAUUUAUCAAAAGAAAAGAAAAGAAGUGAAUACAAGUAA